AUGGUAGAAGGGACUAAGGAUAAAAAAGCCACCAUGGAUAAAAAAAAACAGGAUAAUAAAAAGAACAUGAAGAAUGUAAAGGGCAACGCCAAGGCAGCAGCCAGCGGCAAUGAUAAGCUGGCCAAGAAGAAGGGAGCCACCAAGGAUAAGAAGCAACUCUACAAGGGAAAGGUUAAGAAGAGCCUAGGAAAGAACCAGAAGAUGAAGAAGGGCGCCACGGAGGAGUCCAAGGAGAAGAAGAAAAUCAUCACCUCCAUUCGAUUUAAGCGACCCAAAACGCUUAAAUUGCCAAAAAACCCAAAGUGCCCAAAAAUCGUCAAAUCGUGCUACAAAAAAACGCUGGACAAAUAUGGAAUUUUGAAAUACCCCCUGACGUCAGAAAAGGCCAUGAAAAAAAUUGAAGAAAUAAACACCCUCGUUUUUAUUUGCGACAAGAGGGCAGAUAAGAGGAAAAUUAUGAAGUCCGUGAAGAACCUCUUUGGUAUUAGCUGCGAGAAGGUCAAUGUGCUGAACAGACUGAAUGGAGACAAGAAGGCAUACGUGCGCCUGUCAAAGGACCACGACGCGUUGGAAGUAGCCAACAAGAUCGGAAUUCUCUAA